AUGUUAAUACGUCGUCAACCAAAACGUCCUAGGAAACGUCCCACUCAGCAGAAAACUAUUUGCGAAGCUGAAUGUUGGGCUGCUUUACUCGUGGUUGGAAUUCUUGUAUUAUUUUGCUUAACUUGUAUUAUACAUGAUUAUGUG